AAGGUAGUUAAUUAACUAGAGAGUUAACCUGACCUACAUGAGAGAAGAUGAAAAUAACUAAACUUAAUAAUAUAAUAACUUAACUUUGAACUCAAGGGUGAUGAUAUUUGGUGAAAUUGAGAAAGAUGAAUUUCAUUCAUACAGUGACUAAGUUCAGAACUAUUUGCAUUUCUAAUUUGAACAAGAUCAUUCCUAGGAAACAAAUUCAUUCAACUAAUGCUAAAUCUAUCAGCUCGUCUGCAGAAGUUAAUACAAAUACAAUUAAAGAUAUAAUUCUAUUUAAAUAUGAUAAUCCAAGAUUCUUUAAAGUGUUGAAUCUUUUUGCUAUAGUACAGUUUGGUUUUUGGUCAUAUCUUUCUCUUACAGCAUAUGAAACGUUGAGGGAUGCUCCUGUACCAAAGAAUGCCGAUAAAUGGUGGGAAAAAUUCAAUUUGGGUGAUAAUAAAUUCAGAUACACCUUAGCAGCCUCAAGUUUCCUAAUUGGAUAUGGAAUUCUGACUGUCAGUUGGAUGUAUACCUUGCGAUCAGUUAGAUAUUUAAUUUUAAAUAAGGGAGGACAGAAGUGUUCUUUUGUGACAUAUACUCCAUUUGGAGAAAAUCGAAUAAUGACUCUAGGACUUGAAAAUACUAGUUGUACAUCCUCCAGGCAUCAUUCACCUUCUUACAUACCGAUAAAAGUUAAAGGACAUUUUUUUCAUUAUUUGUUAGACACGAAAGGAGAGUUUAAAAACACAAAAUUAUUUGAUAAUACAGUUGGCCUCAAACGAAAAUUCAAAGCUUAGAAUCAUGUAAAUAAAAAAUAAUUUAUGUUCA